AUGGCGCCGUACGGUGUAUCUUCUACAGACACUCCCCAUUCUAAUGUGUCGUAUAAGCGGCGCAGAAGUCGGAGCCGUUCCUGCACGCGCGACUCGCCAGGCGCUGGUCCUUCUAGGCCGAGGCGCGGGGAUUCCACCAAUCCGCCUCUGGCUGCUCGCAGUAACGAAAAACGCUCAGGCAGCUUCGAAGCUCCUGUUGUAUUGAAGCCGGAUGAUGCAUCAACGGCGGAAGGCGGUUCCAACGCAGGCGGCGGCGACAGCCGAGGUAGCAGGUCCACGCUGCCUUAUAUCUACCAACAACGGGAGUUCAUCCGGAUAUGCACGGACCUUAUUCGCAAGUACGAAUGUGAAUCGGAGUUAGAAUCGUUCCUUUCGUCGCUGGACAAUGGCGCUUCUGUGGAUCUAGGUCAUUACAGUGAUGCGCAUGUGCGCAAGAAGUUCCGGCAUCUUGCCCGAGCGUUGUAUCUGCAUCGCUCGGAAUCGAUCGUGAGGAAGCCUCCUGAGUGCAAUAUUUCGUUACUAGAGGCUCUGAGUGAAAAGUUGCCGUAUAUACGCCAAAAGGCAGAAGCGCAGGGCCCAUACGUCCGCCACAGCCGCCCUGCGGAGGGCUCGGAGCCGUCUGAGAGCAAUGCCAGCGCCACAUCGCAAUAUAACACGGCAGAUCCUUCCGCUAAAGAACUACUAAGCCUUCGAGAAAUGCACGAACAAGGAUUUUUCGUCGAGUAUGAGACCUUGCAAAAGGAAUUCGCAGAUAGGCACACGUCGCAUGACGUUUGGGGCAAGACUCCGCAAGAGCAGCUUCAAAUUAUGCGCUCAAAGGAAUUUGCCUCCAAAUCUUCGGAUGCUGAAAACGCACAGCCAUGGAAGGUGUUCGACCGAGAAAAGGAGAUUGUAUCAGGCUCUCAAAUCGAUGACAACGGAUACACGCAUCUUCUACAGUCCGGUAAAAAUUUUGAGGAAAUAUUUGGGCCAGGGCAAGUACACUCUUCUUUCGUAUAA